CCUACUCCCAGUCAUAAUCAGCUCUCGACUCGGCCUCGGGAACAAGACAAAUUUCGGAUAACGGCAAGUAAAUCUUCAUAGUCUACACCAUAUUAAAGGUCGAGGCUAAAUCAAAAGUUAGAGAUACGUUACUUCAGAAACAAUGUCGCGUCAAUUCGACUUCAGAAAGUUGACUUUGAUCCGGAUGAAACUUCGCGAAAUUCACACUGGGAAUGAACGGGUGGACAAGGUCGUGCACGCCUUAACUAACGGCAGAGCAGCCAGUGCCAUGACCGCCUACGAACAAAUUAUAGGCAUCGGGGAUGUGAAGGCAGCUCAGAAUAGAGUAACAGAGGUAGAGAAAGAGUUUCUCAAAGUACGAGAGGAAGUAGCUGAAGCAGGUAGGGAAGUGAGUGGUCUCCAAACAAAGCUUCAUAGUUUGAGAGGAAAACUGGACCGUACUCCCAGAGAUGACCCUAAGUUCCUUGAACUAGCUACUGAAGAACACUCCAUGCUACAAGCUGAAACUCGUCUCAAGGAGAAAUUCCAAAAAGUAGAAGCAAGAGAAAGAGACACCUUUUCCCAUCUCUCUAAUGCUGUUCGGGAGAGCCAUGAGAAACAAAGGGCUCAAGAGGAACGUACAAAAUACUGGUCAGUGAUAGGCUCUGUCAUAGGGACCCUUAUAGGUAUCAUAGGCUCAUCCAUUGUGAAUCAGAAACGUAUGCAUGAAUUACGAACAUUGGUCUCUGAGCUUAGUGCUGGAGACCUUGGAUCAGGGAGCUCCCGUCAAGAACUUGCUGCUAUUGUUCAACAACUCAAGGAAUCUUUGGGUCAGGGCAGUGAUGCCAUGCAGCAUCCAGAUGUAAAGAACAGUAUGAACCAUACACUAGAGAGGCACGAUGAGCUGUUGAGUCAACAGCUGAAGGCUAUUGAGAAGUUGAUGGAUGAAAGGAAUCAUAAACUGAGUGAUCAGAUCAAAGGUAUGAGGAGAAUGACUGAUGUUGGCUUGGUUAGUGACACAGGCACAUUUGAGGAGUUAUUAAGUGAUACAGAACAGAAACUAGAAUGGGAGAUGAAAAUGAGUACAUUAUCAACAGUAGUCUUUAUUUAUGGUGCAUUUGCUUUAACUCUACCUAUAUUGUAUAGUAUAUUCAAGUGAUAUCAGAGUCUGUAUUAGUUGCUGUAUGUAGAUCCUGAGACCUCACCGAUUCAUUGCUAAAUAUAGUAUUUUAACUUGUAAUACUCUGAAUGCAAUUACUUGGGUCUAUGAUGAGUCAGACUGAUUUAAAUAAAAAAGGACUAUUGUCCAGGAAUACCACUUUUCAGACAAAUGAAAGGAUGUAUUAAGAUCCUAUUUAUAUUUUUACCAUUGAAAACAUUUUUAAUGUAUUUAAUACAUUUAGAAAUGACUUUAAUGGGCAUCCCUGUAUUUUCUCACUCCUUUUUUCAGUUAAAUCAAAUUGUUUGUUAUUACAAAAAUUCAAAGAGUAUCGGUAUGUUUUGCUUUGCAAAGUUUUAUCCCACAAUGUUUCCAGGUGCUGCAUACUAAAUUACCCUGGCUGUGUAGCUAGGCUACUCUGGCUGUGUAGCAAGGCUAACCUGGCUGUGUAGCUAGGCUACCCUGGCUGUGUGGCUAGGCUACCCUGGCUGUGUGGCUAGGCUACCCUGGCUGUGUAGCUAGGCUACCCUGGCUGUGUAGCUAGGCUACCCUGGCUGUGUAGCUAGGCUACCCUGGCUGUGUAGCUAGGCUACCCUGAUCAGGCGCACUGUAUUUAAGCAUUCAAUGAAUAACUUGCAACUUGGUACCAAUUUACUACACCGGGGUGGAGAUUGCCGAAUGUAGAUAAAAACUUUGCCAAAUGACACAUGGUGCUGUUGGAAUUAAACCUUGCAUUCAUGGUGGACUGCUUUGAGAGAUGGAUCAUACUGUUCUUUUAUAUUGAUGAUACAAUAAGAAGCAUCUAUCUACAGUAGGCCUUCAGUGAAUACAGUGUAACAUCUUUGAAUAAAUACAAGUUAACUACUACAUGUGUAAUGUUCUGCAAUAUACAUAAUUUUUUUUUCAAUUUAAUGUGCAAUUUUCUAAUAAAUGCAGAUUUUUCUUUGAAUUAUAAUCCAAUUGAAUACAGACCAUUUUUUGGCCAACAUCACCACCAAAUAAGUUCUGUAUAUCGACACAAAAAAAGCUAAUUUUAAUUUUCAUUUGUGAUUUUGCAAUACCGGUACUUCAUGUAUUUUUUAACAAGCGAAAUGGAUUAAUAUCACAGCACUUUAGAUUUACAAAUCAUA